UUACUUCUUUUAUUCUUCUUGCAGGCAGUUAUUGAGGACGUUCCAUUGAAACAAGAUAUAUUUAGGGAGCUCGAGAAGGUCUGCUCUUCUUGCUGCAUUUUGGCUACAAAUACAUCCACCAUUGACCUUAACGUAAAUGGAGAAAAGACCAACUCACAAAAUCGUAUCAUUGGGGCUCAUUUUUUCAGUCCUGCUAAUAUAACGCCUCUCCUGGAGAUUAUACGAACUGAUAAAACUUCACCACAAGUUAUUCUUGAUCUCUUAACAGUUGGGAAAAUAAUAAAGAAAGUUCCCAUUGUGGUACGUAACUGCACCGGCUUUGCUGUUAAUCGAACAUUCUUCCCAUACAUGCAAGCUCCACAACUUUUGGUGCAUCUUGGUGUGGACUUGUUCAGAGUUGACAGAGCGAUCAGGAACUUUGGCUUUCCUUUGGGUCCAUUCCGGCUUCAGGACUUGGGUGGAUAUAGAAUAGAAAAUGCAACUCUGAAACAAUACGAAAUUGCAUAUCCUGAUCGAAUAUUCACGUCUCCACUGACUGAUCUUAUGUUGAAAGAUGGACGAAAUGAACAAAAGACACACUAUAUCUUCCCUAUAUCAGUUACCGACAAAGAAAUUACCGAGAUGGUACUGUUUCCAACGAUUAACGAGGCAUAUCGUGUUUUGGACGAGGGUGUCAUUGCUCGAGCAUCAGACCUCGAUGUUGCAUCUGUACUAGGAAUGAGCUUCCCAUCUUAUCGCGGAGGUAUCAUGUUCUGUGCAGAUACAGUCGGGCCGACCAUCGAAAUAUUUGGAAGAAAGUGCCAUGAAAGGCUUACCACUAGUAAGAACUAA